ACAGACAGAGACGGAGGAAUAGCCAGCAGCAAAUGGAUUAUUUAUCUAGCCUCUGAGAGAUGCUCUGCUCUAGAAUGUCUCUUAUCAGCUGAGGAGACAGGGAAUGAUUAUGCAAACCAAAUAUAAAAGUAAAGGAGGUUAAAGAGCUACUUUGAAUCGGCUUUGACAAAAGCAGCCCCUGCACUCUCUCCAGAAGACCUCUUCCAGAGUACGGAGACAUGGAUCCCUCCUGUGGUCUCACAGACGACAGAGCCUCUCCCCCUAACUCGCUGAAUGUGAGCCCACCUGGAGGAGGUGGCGGCGUGUCCUCAUCCCACCGUAAACGCCGUACGCUGCUUGCCCCGGAGAUGAACCUGUCCCUGGAUCAGAGUGAGGGUUCCCUGCUGUCAGAUGACUUCCUGGACACACCGGACGACCUGGACAUUAAUGUCGAUGACAUCGAUACUCCAGACGAGACAGACUCACUGGAGUUUAUCACCAAUGGCAACGAACUGGAGUGGGAAGAUGACACACCGGUGGCCUCAGCCAAGGCAGGUCCCGCUGCCGGUUCAGGAGAAGUGGAUGAAGACGGGAACUCCAACAACGGACGCCUCUGGAGAACAGUGAUCAUCGGAGAACAGGAGCAUCGCAUUGACAUGCAGGUCAUCAGGCCUUACCUCCGGGUCAUCACACACGGAGGUUAUUAUGGAGAAGGUCUCAAUGCCAUCAUUGUGUUCUCUGCCUGUUACCUGCCUGACAGCAGCUGCCCAGACUAUCACUACAUCAUGGAAAACCUCUUCCUGUAUGUGGUGAGCAGUCUAGAGAUGCUCGUUGCUGAAGAUUACCUGAUCAUCUACAUGAACGGAGCCACUCCUCGGAGUAAGAUGCCUGGGAUCAGCUGGCUCAAGAAGUGUUACCAGAUGAUUGACAGAAGACUGAGGAAGAACCUGAAGUCUCUGGUCAUCGCUCAUCCCUCCUGGUUCAUACGCACUGUUCUGGCUAUAUCCAGGCCCUUUAUCAGUGUGAAGUUCAUGAAUAAGAUCCAGUAUGUCCACAGUCUGGAUGAACUGGCAGAGAUCGUCCCCAUGGAGCACGUCCACGUCCCGGAGUGUGUGGUGCAAUUUGACGAGGAGAGGAUUAAAGCCCGGAGGGAAAGGAUGGAGCAUGAGCAGAGACAGCAGGAGCAGCAGCAAUCAGUCCCACAGGACCCAGUUAAAAAGUCUGAGAGGCCAAAGUCAGUGAUUGUAGAUCAAGGGUUAUGAGAAGGGCAGCGCUUUGCAGGGUGUGACAGAAGUGUGGAGCAUGAAACCUUUGAUUUAUACCCAUAAGAAGCAGGCGUCCACCAAGUCUGUAAAUGCUUCCCUGUUUUAU